CAACUCGUUGGAGGAUGCCAGUUUGAUUCAUGUAAACCGAUUUUUCGUACUGUAUCUUGGCGGUAACCCCUGGCAGUGUAGCUGUUCUCUACUAGACAUGAUGUCUUCCGCAGUCGACUCAGACAGCGUGACUUGUCUAUUGCCCGAGUAUGCAUCUCCACGCCUAGUAAAACUCAUAGACAGUAAGGACUUGGGAUGCAAAGAGCAGACCUUUUGGGAUUGGGUCCAAGGUCGUGCUGAAGGACUCGAGGAUGUGGAAAACUGGUUUCUGCGCCGCGGAGUCCACGCUUACCACACCCUGCUUAUGCUGCUGAUGGUCGGAUCCACGGUGGUCGUCUUGGCCUUCGUGAUCCGGGGCCAGAGGCAGAGAACUAGGACUGUGCCAUCACCGGUAGAAGUCCCUUAUACCAUAAUUGGUGACAAGGACAUCUUUGUGUAGAAUCGUGUAUUCAUUUGUUGAUCACUACAGGGUGCAUUAUGAAAGUAAUCCACUUAUUCUAAGAAAAAUAGAUUUAUUAAUCAAAUUGUUACUCAAGUUAAUGAAUCCAUUUCAGACAUCGCUUCCAGUAUGCUGGACCGAAGUGUUUUAAUAAAUUGCCCCAGCAUCUUAAAAUGAAUGAAUGAAUGAUUGUUUAUUCCAUCAACUGUACAUGAAAUACACUUAAAAUUAAUGACAAUAGUAAAGCACUAAACAGAAUUGUUUUGAAAACAGUAGUUUACUAGUUAUCUAGUUAAGAUAUUAAUUAAAUAAUUAAUAAGGAAUAAAGCCUGCAUGGGCAUUCAGCCUGUACGCAGGCUUCAGUUGGUCGUCCGCCACAAUAACUUAAAAUGAAGAACUUAAUAUCUUUAAUAGCAUUUAAUAAAUAAAAUGUUCUAAAAUUUUAAUAACAAAAUUUACAAUUUAAAUUAAAAGAAAAAAAACACGAUUUAAUAUGAGAACUGGCUUGUUAAGUUUAGUAAAAAAAUAAUUCAGUGUUAGUGAAAUGUUAAAUUAUUCAGAACUUGGCAAAGUUUUGUUAGAAGCUUAAGAUCUGGCUACUUGAUCAUGAAAGCUUGGAAUUUCUUAAGGAAGU